AUGAACCUACUUGGUGGAUCACCAGCCCCACAACCCAGCAGAGAUGUUCUGGCACCAUUUAUAACCAAAAGAGUGCCAUUGCAUUUUCUCUCCUCACUUGAAGACAUCCCAACAUGCUUGGAGAUCCAGAGAUCGAUCCUUUCAAUUAGCAGUGACAGAGCUUCUGGUCCUGAUGGGUACAAUGCCCACUUCUUUAAGCAGUCUUGGCAUAUUGUAGGUCCAACCAUCAUCAAAGCUGUCAAGAAAUUCUUCAUUAAUGGGAUGCUUCUGAAGGAAUGCAAUGCAGCUUACAUUUGCCUGGUGCCAAAGAGUCCAAACCCUUCCUCCCUCGAUGACUGCAGACCAAUUAGUUGUUGUAAUGUCAUUUACAAAGGCAUUGCAAAACUUCUUGCCUCUAAGCUUCAACCCACCCUCCCACAUGUCAUUGAACCAACACAGACAGCUUUCAUCCAAGGCAGGAAAAUCACUGAUACUAUUCUUCUGGCCCAAGAGUUAAUGAGGGGCUACCACAGCUCCAAUCUUGCUCCUAGAUGUGCUUGGAAGGUUGACCUUACAAAGGCUUUUGAUAGCGUAAAUUGGUCCUUCAUCAUUGACACCCCACCCCAAGUUAAUCUCAUGGAUUCAUGCUUGCAUCACAUCACCUACAUUCACCAUAGCCAUAAAUGGUGA